GGAACUUCCGGGUGAUGGAAAGUUGUCAACAGUUUCGCUAGAGGAGAAUUAAUCUGAAAUUGUGAGUUGACUGGUGUCGCUUUAACGAAAAUCCAGUCAGAAACGCCUCAAGAGAAGCGGAGCCGCGGCGUUUCGGCGACGAGCGCGACUGUAGCCGCGGAAGCGGGAGAUCCGGUGGAGAUAUGUGUGAUUUGCUCAUUAUUGGGUGGAUCUGAUGCGAACUGAUGGAGAAUAAACAAACUUCUCGGGUGUGGAUGAUCAGUCUCAAGCAGUCCCCCGGACUCUAACGGGAUUUUAAUGUUUGUUUUCAGUUGAACGGAAUAUUGUGUUUCCUCCAGGGGUGGACGCAGCAUGUGAACCGACUCUUUAGUGUGUUAAAGUUCACAAAAUCUGCGACUGUGUACUGCUUGACUCUUUCAUGGGAUUACAAAUCUCAAUUUUGGGUCUAAUUCACUUUUUUUCCGGGGGGCUCGGGUUCAAUCCAGAUUCAGAAAUCUGUUCUGCACGGCUUUCCAUGACUGUGUUGGUUCUUUGAGAUUGAACUGCUCAGAUUGCUGUCAUCUGUCGAGCUGAUGCGGGUUAAUUUGCUGUUCUGCUCUUAAGGUCGCUGAGUUUCUCGUCACCGUUUGGGUUGUUAACACACAGAUCUCCGCUUUAAGGAACGUCGACACAAACGGAACUUCUUGUUUUUGCAGUUACCAAACUUGUCCUGCAGACCUGAAAUGAUGUCCUGACAAGUUCAGGCCUUGAGCUGCAGCAAGAAACCAUGUAAAAUGCCCUAAUUAUGGUGUUUAUUUUCCUAACAUCUCUUGGAUAGGCUGUUUGAUCUUGGAAGAAUUAAAUCUGCGCAUGCAUGGCGAUCAGGAGCCUCUGUAUUGUGUCCUGAGCUGUGAACGCACAUACUGCACGACUGCCAGAGGAAGCAGCCAUCAGAGCCGAGACUUGCGCAACCGCUGGGCAGAGAAACUGCUCUUGUUACUGUACUGGCUGCAUUUAUACUCGAAACAGCCGCAGGGAGAAAGAGCACAGAGCCAAGUGCAAUGGAAUAAAUUUGUUAAACUUUUCGGUUUUGACAGAUUUUUACCUGCGAGUUCACCUGAGGACAGUGAAUAUGAUUUAUCUGAUCCAGAUUGACCCGAGAGACUGAGUGGAAGAAAAUCUUGCUUUGGAAUGCUUAGCACAUUCGUUUCUACUGCAAAAUAAUGAACAAAGAUCGAGUUUGGAGCACCAAGGCAUAACGUCACACCGCUCGCACACGCUCGGUCCAGAAUGAGUGGCGGAAAGAAACGGAGCGGAUUUCAAAUCACCAGCGUCACUUCGGACUACAAUCAGGGUUCUGGAGAAAACCAUGCGGCGGAGCUCCUUAGCCCUGGAACUCAAAGAGCCACGCCCCCUUCCGCCAGAACCCCCGCCCAUGGGAGGAGCCCCGGAAGCCAGAGUGCGUCGCCCACUCAAAUCCUAUCUAAUGGGCCGUCCCUGCGCCAAAACCUCUCCCUCCAGAUGCAACAGAGCUCCAGUCAGCCGACCACGCCCGUCACGGCUAGGAAGCAAAGCUCGCUGGAUGCCGGCGGGGCGUCCCGUUUCCGCGUCGUGCGUUUGGAUCAAGGGCCGGGCGAGCCGUAUAAACGCGGGCGCUGGACGUGUGUGGAUGUGAUGGAGAGGGAGGUCGAGGAGCGGGGCCUCCGCCGCGUGAUUGACAGCAUGAGACACGCCCACUCGCUGGAGUCCUUAGAGACGGUUGGGCUGGGCGGAGCCGAAGGAGCGGUGGGCGGAGCCAGACUCAAACCGUUGGCCGUGCACGCAAGUCACAUGGUACACUCGCAGGGCACCACCCACCUCCUGACUCAAUACCGGACAGACUCCGCCCACAGUGGUCCGCCCUCACCCACACACGUCCCGUACGACAUGCAGCCAGGCAUGACACCGAACACCCCCCGGACACGCAACAUACCCGCCCCGCUGCGGCUCGACAUGGACGCGAUCAGCAAGCUUCGGACCACCCGCUCACAGCCGGCGUCGCCCGGACCACACCUGGGUCGGGACAGUCCCUUCCAUCCUGCACUGACGCCCAUCCAGACGCCAUCGGCUCUCGCACUGGCACAGUCCAUGUUUGGAAUGGGACGAGCGUUUGAGUUCGUGGGAGACGACGGUGGAACUAACAGCAGCAUGAUCGCCAUCGACAACAAGAUAGAGCAAGCCAUGGACCUGGUGAAGUCUCACCUGAUGCUGGCGGUUCGGGAGGAGGUGGAGGUGCUGAGAGAGCAGAUCAAGGAGCUGUCGGAGAGAAACGCUCAGCUAGAGAGAGAAAACUACAUCCUGCGAGCCCUCAGGGACAGAGACUGAGCCAGUCACGUGACACUCGCACCAGUGCAUCAUGGGAGAUGUAGUGCAGUGAGAAAAGGGACGGAACGGUUGAACGCGUGCGUGUGCAGUAUUGACCGAUUAGUGCCUUAAACCGCAGUUUAUUACGACUGAUAG